AAACGUAAUGAGCCCCAGGAAAACUCGGUCGAAUGUCUAUCAGAUUUGCAUAAAGAUUCUGAAAGCGAAACAUUUGCCCCAAAAUGCAAAUCCUAUGGUCGUGGUUAAAGUGGGAAAUCGGAGGAAAAAAACGGUGGUUCGCGAAAGAACGGAUUCACCAAUCUAUAAUGAAUAUUUCGUGUUCGAUCUUUUUUGCAACUUAAACGAACUUUUAAGCACUAAAAUUACGAUAGCUGUAUAUCUGAAGGGUUAUUUACGUCUCAAGUUUCAUGGAAGUACGAUUUUCGAAGUUGCUCUCGUUUGGGAUCAACCAGAUCAUCAAUAUUAUCACAAAUGGGCAAUGCUGACAAAUCCAAAGGAUGUUUCUGCGGGACCGAAAGGUUACGUCAAAUGUAAUAUCGCGAUUAAUGUGAAAGGAGAGAAAUUGAAAGUACAUCCGGAUACAGAGGGCGAGGACGACAUCGAAGGGAACCUCUUGUUGCCUGUCGGUGGUGAAUUUCUACCCUAUAGGCAACGAGCGUGCUACAUUUUUACGAUUUAUCGAGCUGACGGGUUACCAGAUAUGAGCAGCCUAUGCGUAAAAAAUGAUUUCGAAAAUAUUAACCCGUUCGUGCAGAUAUCGUUCGCUGGAAUGAAGGAAACGACGAGCGAAGCAUGGCAAACCUACAGGCCGCGAUUUAAUGAAAAGAUUACGUUCAGAGAAAUGUUCCCAUCACUGUGUCAACGUGUCAGGAUUGCUAUCAAGCAUCGUGUUAAUAGCUGUCGAACGUGUGUCGUGGCUUCUUAUAUUCUCAACAUGAGCAAAAUAUCGAAUUCUGGAGAGUAUGGUUUCCUACCGACCUUUGGGCCAUCGUUCCUACACUUUUAUGGGUCCGGGACUACAGAAAGGAACAGCUGUUUUGGCAAGUGCUCGAUAGCCCUUCCUUUUUAUCGCGGUAGAGUUCUUCUCUCCUUAAAAACUGAAAUGGAUGACUCAGAAACAACAACGGCUGGAAUCAGUGCUGAAAGAGAGCUCGCGGCUCCUAUUAUCGAGAGAAACUUGUGGAAGACGGAAGAAUAUUACCUGGUCACUGUGUUAUACGAUAUAAGUAUGAUCGAUCGGGGAAAAUUUUGGACGAAAUCGAUAAGCUUCGAGGUUAGCCUCGGGAAUGCCGGUAAUAGACAAUUUGCUCGCAGCCAAUGCUUUGAGGACAAUAACGAUGGAAACCAGAUGCCAGACCGUAAACCGGAGUUCGAAAGCGAGACCCUGCCACGAUUGACUGGAACAUUGGAUGGCAAAUAUAAUUACGUGCCUCUUGGCUCGCGAAAACCCUGCCUCUACGUUAGAUCUUGGUGGCCGAAUCUCGAUUGGCGAAUGCACAACAGUAACAGCUUAGCUUUCAUCGCCGAUUUCCUAGAGCAAAAGUUGGAACAACUAGAGGACAUGGUCGAGCUCCAACAUCCAGACACUUACAAAUUCUACAACGAGACGAUUCGUACCAUGAAGAGCCAUUGCAUACAUUAUUUGCAUACAUUAGACACGGGGCGAUACGAUGACGAAGGUGGCACCACGAAGCUCGAUCGCCAUCGCGUGAAUCUAUGCCAUAAAGAGAUCGAGAAUAUCCUAAAGAGGAUCAAGAUCAACGGCGAACUUCCUAGUAAUCACUACACGAGAAUCGCAAUGGCACAUGCGUAUCAGUAUCUGGCUAAAGUGAAAAAGCUACGGGAAGACCCCCAGCAUGGCCUACCUGACGUUUUCAUUUGGAUGAUAGCCGGCUCGAAACGAGUGGCGUACGCACGAUUUCCAGCCGAACGAAUUAUUUAUUCAGAAGAAAUGACCGAAAGGGGAUCAUUAUGCGGUCAGAGGGUUGACGUAUUUUUGGUACAUCCACGGGAUGAGGAAGGUGCCGAUUACAUGGCCUGCAAGCUUGAAAUCUUCCUGUGGCUUGGAAACGCCGAGUAUAUAGGAGCUUGUUGGGCCUCGAUUCCACCCGGUUACAAGGUGGACCAUGAGAGAAACAUUGAUUCGUUUCCCAAAUAUUUGGAGUACACACGUUCCACGACAUUUCAGUUGCGAGCUCACAUAUUCCAAGGUCGCUUUGAUCCUGGCAUGGAUGCAUCCGGUUUAUUGGAUCCGAUCGUGCGUGUCACGUUUCACGGUUACACGGCCUCCACCAGAAUUAUUAAGCAGACACUGGAUCCGUUCUGGGAUCAAACUUUGAUACUACCGCCGACAACUAUUUAUGGGACGAAAGAGUACAUUAAAUCAAAUCCGCCUAAAGCGAUUUUGCAAGUGUACGAUGAGGAUAUAUGCGGCUUCAAGGAGUUCUGCGGGAGAUGCACAACUAUCCCAUUAGUUAAGCUGGCGGAGGAAACUUACUCGCCGCCUAAUUUCCCUCCGAAACUCGAGUGGUACAAAUUUAAAUCGCAAAGGGAUUUCAGCGGCUCGGUGCUCGCUGCUUUCGAGCUCAUAGAGACGAUGGACGACAAGUCUGUGGACAAAAUUAUAGACUCCUCAAUGCAAGACGUCAUUUACAACAUACCGGAAGACAUCAGGCCAAAAAUGACGAGUUACAGGCUUGAAGUUAUAUUUUGGGGCGUACGAGACAUGAAGAAGAUUAAUUGCAUGCCGGUGUUAAACCCUCAGAUUGUUAUAGAGUGUGCCGCCGUUCAAGUCAAGUCAGAAGUGAUGGAGAAUGCCAAGAAAUUCAGUAACUACAAGCAGACAUAUGUUGUCGUCGAACUGGACAUGCCAGAGCUCGAUAUCUAUUAUCCCUGCAUCACAAUAAAAGCUUACGACUCACGAGGAUUUGGAUGCUUCAAAUACGUCGGGAUUUGCAUAAUACCCAGUGUUUACGUCUUUCUCGAGCAAUUAAUAACAGAGGAGGAUUACGACGCGCGUAUACACGGCACCAAAUCGAUUUUGAAAUCUCCAUGGACUAAAAGACAAUCUGUCACGAUUUGUAAGUUUCUUCUUACGAAUCUAAAAAUGCAAAAUAUUGUUGAAAUAACACCAUAUACCAUAGAUUCAGAGAAAAUGUGCGCCAACUUCGGAGGCAUUUCAGCACCUUUGCCGAUCGAUUACGAUCCAUUGAAAGAAGACGAGAACAAGGAGUUGAUACCGUACAAGAAGAUGUACAAGAAGAAAUCAUGGAUUAGGAAAAUAUUACGGUCCUUAAAGAAGAUUUUCUCGCAUGUGAUACCAAGAAAAAAAAAGAAGAAGAAAAUUGACUACAAGCCAGAAGAGGAUCAGUCUCUCGACUGGUGGAGUAAAUACUUCGCUUCCAUGGAGGAGGAAAGAAGCAGAGAGCUAGGCAGCUUGUCACCAGGUGAUCAGAAGCUCGUGACGACGUUCAAGGUAUACAACGGAGAACUGGAGAUGCAACCGCAAUUCGCCGGCUUUCAGGAUCGUCUGAGAUCGUUCGAACUAUGGAAGGGGAAGAAAAGCGAGGAUCCCGACUACGAUACAGACAAUUACGUUGGAAAGUUCAAGGGACGCAUUUGUGUAUAUCACUGGCCGCACCCGAACAACUUGCCCUGCAAAACGAAAAGCGGCAGAAACGCGGCUAAUGGUCUGUAUGGCGAUUAUCCACAAUCGGAUCCCAUCAAAUUUCUGGUCAGACUUUACGUCGUGAAAGGUAUCGACUUGCAGCCUAGCGAUCCCCUCAGCGGAAAAUCUGACCCGUAUCUGUGCGUCAAGCUUGGAAAAACGUUUAUCAAUGACAAAAAGAAUUAUAUACCGAAUCAGCUAAAUCCCAUUUUCGGACGGCUCUUCGAGAUAGAAGCCACUUUCCCUCAAGAUUACAUGAUGAUCAUACAAGUAUGGGACUACGAUGCAACUACGACUGACGAUUUAGUAGGACAGACGAAGAUCGACUUGGAGAAUCGGUUCUAUAGCAGACACCGAGCUACUUGCGGUAUUUCCAAGACGUACAACGAGGGAGGGUACAAUAAGUGGAGAGACCGCGAGAGACCGACGCAGAUACUCGAGCAACUUUGCAAAAGGAACAAUCUCCCAUUGCCGGAGUACCGGAAGCAUUACGUGAGAAUUGGGCGAAAAAGAUUUCCAUUCGUCAACGAGCAAGCGGAAAACGGUACAUUUUAAAAAUUAAUCAGGCAAGAAUGUAUGGCACUGAACGUCCUUCAUCAAUGGCAAGAUUUCCCUAUUUGUGGCUGCGUCCUGGUGCCUGAACACGUCGAAAGACGCCCGCUUUUUAAUGCCACCAGGCCCGGAUUGGAGCAGGGUAAAUUGGAACUUUGGAUCGACAUGUUUCAAUCUAACGAGCUUCCUCCGAAACCGGCAGUGAACAUCAGUCCACCUGUACCAGAGGAAUAUGAAAUCCGUGUGAUCGUUUGGAACACCGAGGACGUGCCCCUCGUCGACAGCCAAUUCCUUACCGGAGAAAAGUGUUCCGAUAUCUACGUGAAAGGCUGGAUUGUUUACGACGAUUAUCAAAGAACUGACAUUCAUUAUAAUUCCUUAACCGGAGAGGGCAAUUUCAAUUGGCGAUUUAUAUUUCGCGUUAUGUAUUGCAAGGGUGAGCGUGUUAUGAUCGUACGCAAAAAGACAUCCAUCUUUGCUAUAAGCGAAACCGAGGACAAACUGCCAUGUAGAUUACACCUGCAAGUUUGGGACAGCGAUCAUUUCUCUUCGGACGAUUUUCUCGGAGCAUUAACGUUGGAUUUAGCCAAGAUGCCACGGGGAAGUCCAAAUUCUAAAAACUGUACUUUAGAGCUACUCAAUCCGAAUCUACCAACGAUCGAUAUGUUCAAAGUGACACGAAUCAAAGCUUGGUGGCCAUUGGAGCGUAGCGUGAACGCAGCCCAAUACGUGCAGGCGGGUAAAAUUGAACUGGAAAUAUCAAUAUUGCAAGCGAAGGAGGCUGACGAGCAACCUGCGGGCAAAGGAAGGGAUCCACCUCAAAAUCUUCCUGCACCAAACCGACCGGAUACUUCGUUCUCCUGGUUCCGGAACCCAUGGAAAGCAUUUCGUUACGUUGUCUGCCGGUACUAUAAAUGGAGGAUAAUAGGCUUCUUCAUGUGUGUGUUGGUAGUAUUGUUGGCAGGCUGUGGAAUUUACGCUUUCCCUGGUUAUUUUGUGAAGCGCCUCCUUGGUGCUUGAAUCGGUUAACGAGGAAAGAAAACGAUGGAAUCGGGAACCAUUGCAGUUGCUCGGUCGUAAAUCAUGAAUUGUGUCGUAGCAUGAAACAUCGAUUCUGACUACUUCAUGAUAACACGUUCGUUAUUUCGGCACCGUUAAUUGUUGGAUAACACGAUGGGCUCAGUUGUUCGACGAGCAUUUUAUUAAUUAACAACCUGCUAUUUAUUGUAAAAUUCGAAUCAAUGGAUUAUUAUACUUCCUCAAGUUUCCAAGCAGUAAAGUUCAAUGAUAGUUACAUAA